GCCCGGCGCGCUCGCGGCCGCGUGGGAGCAGCGGGGCUCGACGGCGCGGCCGCCCGGAAGCCAUGGCCGCGCACGGGAAGCUGCGCCGGGAGCGAGGGCUGCAGGCGGAGUACGAGGCGCAAGUGAAAGGACGUGCUAACUCUUGCAAACGAAAGAAGGUGGCAUCCAAGUGCCCGCAGUUGGGGCCCUAAAGUUUCCCUGAGUCUUCAGAUGUGUGACCCCAUAUGUCAGUGUCAUUCGCUCCGGUUUACCAGUGAAGGAAGCCAAAGCUCAGCGAGAAGGGCCUUGCGCUCGGUCACCCAGCACAGCCCCUUCGAGGGAGAAGGAAAUGACCCUCGAGGUGAAGACACUGCCCCCCAUCCCUGCUUCCCCCAAAUGUCAAGAAGCUGGAGGACUUUGGAAACUCUUCAGUCGGCAGAUAUGGAUCAGUUAAUUCACACUGAAAAACUGGGGAUCCGAGCAAGGCUGUCUUUAAAAAGUUUCUUGCCUGCUCCGGACCGCCAGUGACUUUAGCUCCUGAACCCUUCCUCUCCCCAAAGAAACUUCUUACCAUGCUAAAACAAACAAACAAACAAAAAACCCAGGACCACUGUCUUGACACCCUAAAUUCUGAAAGGUCAGCACAGUCGCGGUUUGGGUGGCCAUCUUCUCUUCUGCUUUAUUUGUCAGCAGAAGUGAGACCGUACGCCUUGCUCACAGGAAGUGUUGGUGGGGCCCAAGACCCAGCCGCGCAACUGAAGCAGAUGUAGAAGGCUUCCAUCCUUCCUUUUCACAGAUGUUCUGCGCGCGUCUAUUCUCUCCCAGGCCCUGGGAAUACAACCCUGAGCAAAAGACCCAGGCCCUGCCCUCGUCCGGCUCGCAGGUCCUGUGACGGAGGGAGACACGUAGCAAACGACCCCUGACGAGAUGCGCUGGCAGCUGAGCGAGCAGCUGCGCUGCCUGGAGCUGCAGGGCGAGCUGCGGCGGGAGCUGCUGCAGGAGCUGGCCGAGUUCAUGCGGCGGCGCGCCGAGGUGGAGCUGGAGUACUCCCGGGGCUUGGACAAGCUGGCCGAGCGCUUCUCCGGCCGGGGCGGCCGCCUCGGGGGCAGCAGCCGCGAGCACCAGAGCUUCCGGAAGGAGCCGUCCCUCCUGUCGCCCUUGCACUGCUGGGCCGUGUUGCUGCAGCAGACGCGGCAGCAGAGCCGGGAGAGCGCGACCCUCAGCGAGGUGCUGGCCGGGCCCCUGGCCCAGCGCCUGAGUCACAUCGCAGAGGAUGUGGGCCGCAUAGUCAAGAGGAGUAAGGAUCUGGAGCAACAGCUGCAGGACGAGCUGCUGGAGGUGGUGUCGGAGCUUCAGACGGCCAAGAAGACGUACCAGGUGUACCACAUGGAGAGCGUGAAUGCUGAGGCCAAGCUCCGGGAAGCCGAGCGGCAGGAGGAGAAGCGGGCGGGCCGCAGUGCCGCCUCUGCGGUCGCUGCCGCCGCCGCUGCCGCCGCCGCCACCGCCACCGCCACCGAGGCGGGGCCCCUGCGCAAGAGCUCCCUCAAGAAGGGAGGACGGCUGGUGGAAAAGCGUCAGGCCAAGUUCUUGGAGCACAAACUCAAGUGCACAAAGGCGCGCAACGAGUACCUGCUCAGCCUGGCCAGUGUCAAUGCUGCUGUCAGCAACUACUACCUGCGUGACGUCUUGGACCUCAUGGACUGCUGCGACACAGGAUUCCACUUAGCCCUGGGGCAGGUGCUCCGGAGCUACACGGCUGCUGAGAGCCGGACCCAAGCCUCCCAGAUGCAGGGCCUGGGCAGCCUGGAAGAGGCCGUGGAGGCCCUGGAUCCUCCAGGGGACAAGGCCAAGGUGUUGGAGGUGCAUGCAGUCGCCUUCUGCCCCCCACUGCGUUUUGACUACCACCCCCACGAAGGAGAUGAGGUGGCCGAGAUCCGGGUGGAGAUGGAGCUGCGGGAUGAGAUUCUGCCCAGAGCCCAGAAUAUCCAGAGCCGCCUGGACCGACAGACCAUCGAGACGGAGGAGGUGAGCAAGACUCUGAAGGCCACACUGCAGGCCCUGCUGGAGGUGGUGGCAUCGGAAGACGGGGACGUGCUCGACUCCCUCCAAGCCAGCCCCUCCACCGAGUCCCUCAAGUCCACCAGCUCGGACCCGGGGGCUCGGCAGGCUGGCCGGAGACGAGGCCAGCAGCAGGAGACCGAGACUUUCUACAUCAUGAAGCUGCAGGAGUACCUGAGCGGACGGAGCAUCCUUGCCAAGCUGCAGGCCAAGCAUGAGAAACUGCAGGAGGCCAUUGAGCGAGGUGACAAGGAGGAGCGGGAGGUGUCUUGGACCCAGUACACACAGAGAAAACUGCAGAAGAGCCGCCACCCCCGCCCCAGCUCCCAGUAUAACCAGAAACUCUUCGGGGGAGACAUGGAGAAGUUUAUCCAGAGCUCAGGCCAGCCCGUGCCCCUGGUGGUGGAGAGCUGCGUCCGCUUCAUCAACCUCAAUGGCCUGCAGCACGAGGGCAUCUUCCGGGUGUCGGGCGCCCAGCCCCGGGUCUCUGAAAUCCGUGAAGCCUUCGAGAGAGGGGAGGACCCACUGGUGGAGGGUUGUACGGCCCACGACCUGGACUCGGUGGCAGGGGUGCUGAAGCUCUACUUCCGGAGCCUGGAUCCCCCGCUCUUCCCACCGGACCUGUUCAAAGAGCUGCUGGCUUCGGCCGAGCUGGAGGCCGUGGCCGAGCGGGUGGAGCACGUUAGCCGCCUCCUGGCCCAGCUGCCCGGACCGGUGCUGGUGGUCCUGCGCUACCUCUUCGCCUUCCUCAACCACCUGGCUCAGUACAGCGAUGAGAACAUGAUGGAUCCCUACAACCUGGCCGUGUGCUUUGGGCCGACCCUGCUGCCCGUGCCCGCCGGCCAGGACCCAGUGGCCUUGCAGGGUCGGGUGAACCAGCUGGUACAGACUCUCAUCGUGCAGCCCGCGCGGGUUUUCCCACCCCCGACCCUGCUGCCCGGCCCCAUCUAUGAGAAGUGCAUGGCACCGCCUUCCACCGGCUGCUUGGGGGACGCCCAGCUGGAGGGCCUGGUUGGGGAGAACGAGCCGGAGCUGGAAGCCGGGACCUCGGCCCAGGAGGAUGACCUGGACGGCGGCGUGGAGGCCGUGGCCUGCUUUUCCUACACGGGCCGCACGGCCCAGGAGCUGAGCUUCCAGCGCGGGGAUGUGCUGCGGCUGUACGAGCGGGCGUCGGGCGACUGGUGGCGGGGCGAGUGCGCGGGCGCCCGGGGGCUCAUUCCCCACAAGUACAUCACGCUGCCCGUGGGUGCAGAGAAGCACUCGGCGGGCCAGGGGCCACAGGUCGCAGCGGAGCUGGUGAGCAGUCCAGAGGUCCUCCUGGCCGUGGAACUUGGCCAUCGGCCAGAGCCAUGCACCCCGCCUGAGGCCCCCCUGGGCAUACCCGGGGGGCCCUUCGGGCACAGACGACACUGCUUGGUCCCCACCUCCCCGGAGCGAUACGUGGAGGUGGACAAGGCUGUGGCACAGACCAUGGAUUCCGUGUUUAAGGAGCUCCUGGGAAAGACCUCCGCCCGCCAGGGCGCGGGGCCCGCGUCCACCGGCUCCCCCGGCCCCGGGCCCUGCAGCCUGAAGCCUCCGGCCUCCGGCCGCCUGGGUAGGAGCAAAGGCUUCUCCCGCGGCUCCGGGGCCCCGGCGUCCCCCUCGGCGUCCCAUCCCCAGGGCCUGGACUCUCCACUUAAGCACUGAGGCGCUGCCGGCCGCUCUGCAGCCGUCCCCCCCCCCCCCGACGUGGCCACCUGUGGCAUCUCCCUGGCCCUGUGUGGCCGGUGCCGGGCUCCUGCUCUUGCCCCUUCGCAGAGGAGGAGACGGCUGCCCCGACGCGCCCCUGCCUGCCCCGACCCUGGCUUUGCUGUGAGGGCUUGGCGGUGGCUGCCGGGCGCUGGGUGCGAGCCCGGUGGCGGCCGGCAGGUGCUGGCUGCCGUUUAUAAAGGCCUGCGUGUUGACCCCCGUGCAA